AUGGACGACGCACAGGAAGAAAUCGAAUUUAACACUGCAGACUUUCGUGCCUUGCUGGAAGAAGUCCGGAACUCUCGAGAGCAGAUAAGAAGGCUCGAGCAGAUGACAAUGGGCCAUGGUCAACGGAUGGAUGGUUAUUCGGAUCCAGUGGGAGGCAUAUCGCGGGAAACAAAGGAAGCUAGUCGGAAAAUGUCAGACCUGAGCGUUAUCCCAAUGUACGGUGGGAAGUAUGCUAAGGAUGCUGCUUCACGGGAUCGAUGGUAUUCCGCGCGAGAACAAGCACGAAGCGACCCUACAUGCCGAAUCACCUCUUUCGAACAGUUCAAGGAAUGGAUUGAGCUGAACUUUGGCGAGAUUCUGAGCGACACACGAAGGUGGGAAGAAUACGAGGCGUGUACGCAAGGAACCCGUUUAGUGCAAAGCUAUGGCACAGCGCUGCGUACUGCGGCCGACAGAGUUAAGGAGGACAUUCCCGAGCCUAUGUUAAUCCGGAAGUUCGUCACGGGAGCAAAACCGGCUCUGCAAGCUAUGUGGGCUAGAGAUAUAAAUCAACCUUUAAGCUGGAGAUAA